AACGCGUCUAUUUUUCAUCGGUUUAAUUCGCUUUGGAGAUAUUGUUAAAAAGUUGAAAAUAAUUUUAAUUUCCAGUUGAUUGGAUCGGACGUGGCAACAAAAGGACAAAAUACCUUGGCAAGGAUGGCACUAAAAAUAGAAGAAGCUAUGGACAUGUCCUUGGACGAUUAUAUUGAAAUGUCCAAAAAGUCAAAUGAGGGAGGAAGUACAACCAGAAGUAACAAAAACAGCGCAUUAUCAAGUGCCAAUAAUGAUGCCAAGUUUGGAAGGAGACGCAUUCCUGACGAGGAUGAGGAAGAAGACGAUUUAAGUAUGAUUAAUGGGGAUGGACUUCCUAAGGAUAGCACUACGUCGACCAUGUACGAAACGGGAAUAUGGAAGGGACCAGAUUCUUCUAUGUCCUAUCUGGAUUGUAGCAAUAAACAAAACGAUUUGCGUGACCGAUUGAAAAGCAAACAAAAUAACAACAAAAACCAUACCCAACAAUUAUCAGCAAUCCAAUAUCGUCUAAUGGCUCCUAACACUUCUGCCGAUCGUCCACGUGGAUUGCCCACACUUUUGCCAUUGGAUGCCAUAAUAAAAAGACAAAAUAUUAGCUACAAUAAUUUUAAUAAUCGCAAUAGAGGCAGAGGAAGUCAUUAUAGAAACCGUGGAAGAAUGAACAAUACUUUCAAUAACUACAAUAAUAAUACUAAUAACAAUGGAAAUUUUGGAAGAAAUGGUAUGGUAAACAAUGGUCGAAUUCAACGUAACCGAGGCCAGAACAUGAACAAAAAUAUGAGGCUAACAAUCAAUGGCAACGAAUCAAUGUUCUCACACGUUCAGAAUAAAAAUAUGGUAGUCGAAUGUCCCAGCGAUUCCAUUAAUUUGAAUUCUGGGCAUCAAUUUAAAUUUGGUUUGCAACAACCAUCAACGGCAAGUGACGACAUUCACAAUAGGGGCAUGCCUAUUGGCAAUCUUACACCUCAGGCUAAAGCUGUUUUAAAUUUAGAAGGAAAUUCUAAUCAGAUUUCAAGUGGAAGUGACAGUGUCAAGGAUUUGCUGGGCUUCCAAGGAAACCUGGCUGGUGACACGAUGCCCAUUUUUGCCGCUCGUCUGCUUGACCUUUUAGGAAGGAAUGUUCAGCCUCCAACUCAUAAACCCGUAUAUGAUAUGAAACUACAAAAGGAUAUCCAUGAAAUACAGAAUAAACCACUUGUUUACAAAUGCCCUGGAGGCGAUGUUGUAAGUUCAGAUGGAGCUGGUGUUGACUGCCAAAUAAUACCACGCACUAGCGGUAUUUCAAUGAAUUGCCGUUUCGCUUAAAUUCAUUCCCAUUGAUAAAUGAUUGAAAAAUUAUAAUAUCAUUAAUGUAUGUUAAGGUAUAAAAAUACCAAUGAAUGAAAUAUUUUAUUUUUUUACUUUAUAAAAAAAACUAUAAUAGAAAUAAGCAAAACCAUGCCAAUAUAAAUGUAACAAUAUUUUUCCAACAUUUUAAAUAAAAGAUAUCCUUUUCAACGA